GUCUAUAAAAAUGGCAAAUGGCAUUGUUGGUUCCCUCUCUCCUUGAGCCUGCUUAAUAGUUUGUUGUCUUUGCUUUCCCCUUUACUUGUACUCUCCACUACACUCUGCCGCAAACAUAUUGGACCACAAAACUAAAAACAAAAAACAAGCCUUUCAAGUCUUCAUCAUCAUCAGCAUUCCACUGACUAGUUUUUGAAGUUGCAGACAGGUAGAAUUCAAAAAUGGGCAGGUCACCAUGCUGUGAGAAGGUUGGGUUGAAGAAAGGGCCCUGGACUCCCGAAGAAGACCAAAAGCUCAUGUCCUAUAUUGAAAAACACGGCCAUGGAAGCUGGCGUGCUUUGCCUUCCAAAGCUGGACUCCAAAGAUGUGGAAAGAGUUGUCGACUCAGGUGGACUAACUACCUCCGACCUGAUAUAAAAAGAGGAAAGUUCAGCUUGCAGGAAGAGCAAACCAUUAUUCAGCUUCAUGCCCUUCUUGGAAACAGAUGGUCAGCAAUAGCGGCUCAGCUUCCCAAGAGGACGGACAACGAGAUCAAAAACUACUGGAACACGCACCUAAAGAAGAGGCUAACAAGAAUGGGAAUAGAUCCCACAACCCACAAGCCCAAAACUGAUCCCAUCGGCGGUGGCUCAGACACCAACUCUUCGCAAUCGAAGGACUUAGCGAAUCUGAGCCACAUGGCGCAGUGGGAGAACGCUCGUCUUGAAGCGGAAGCCAGGUUGGUGAGAGAGUCGAAGCUUCUUCUUCAGGUCCAGCAGACACAACAAACAAACACAACACAACCUCCUCCGGCGCGCCUCGUCCUUAACAAGAUCACGGCUGCUCAACAACAGCCCUUGCUUCCGCCCUGCCUUGACGUGCUCAAGGCGUGGCAGAACUCAUGGUCUUCCAAGCCGCAACUGUCCGUACCAUCAAGGGAAAAUUUCAAGAUGCAUAGUAUGUAUGCCAUGAUGCUCUCCACUGAUGAGAAUCUUGAAUCUCCAACUUCCACCUUGUGCUUUCCCGGAGGCGCAAGUGGAAGUAGCGCCAUGCUUCCUAUCAUGUCCUCCACAACCACCUCCGCCACUACUAUCACAGUAGAUGCUCUCAACGAAAACUUACUUAAUCCUUCUCUCACCAAAACUAAGAUUGAUAGCAACGGCACCAUGGUAACCCCAUGUGACGAAGGAGUGUUCAUUACGAAAGGAGGUAAUAAUAAUGAAACUGACUCAUCAUGGUACAUGUUGAAACAGAACAACCCUGAAAUAGAACUUGAUGACGAUGAAAUAGUGGAAAAUAAUAAUAACAACAAUAAUAACAGCUUCAGAGAUGACGACAUCAUGGUGGCAGUGGAAGCAUUCAGAGGAAGAGGCGGAGGGGGUUACGACGGUGUUAAUGUUGUCCCACCAACACUGUCCUCAACCGGCGAUGUUGUGGUCAUGGAAGCAGGACUCAUAUGCAGUAGCAAUAACAACAACGGUGAUGAUGAUGCCCACAUGCCUUACCAUUCCAACGACACCUUGGCAAUCAUCAAUGAUGGUGAUGGAAGCAUAUGUAACGUCAGCCUCGAAGAGAAUAAGCAUUAUUGGAACACCAUACUUAACUUGGUCAAUGAUGCUCAAGUCAUGUUCUAAUCCCCGCAUGUUUAAUUUCCUUUUUUCCCUUUUUAUUUAUUUAAUCAUGUUAGGGUUAUGUUAGGGUUAGUUGAAAUGUUUGUACCACUUUUUUCUUUCUUUUUUUUUUUUAGUUAUUAUCAUUAUGUACUCAUUGCUUCAUUAUUAUAAGAUAAAGAAUAAUUUUUCUUCUUAAUUAAUAUA